UAUCUCUUAACGGCUCGCCGCAGUUGUAGUCUUUUGAGUUUUUUUGCAAUCACUUGAACAACACCGUGUGAAUAGUGAUUUAAUUGACUCAUUGUUCGCUAAAUGAAGUCAAAUGCUCGCCAGCCGCUGGUUUCGGCUGUUCUCUCUACGUAGCCGUGUAGUUUAUAACACCAGCAGAGGAAGAGGAGGAGGAAGGAGGAGGACAUUGACAGGACACAAGCAUGGCAACACCACAGUGGUGCAACACUGGGGCAGGGCAGCACCUGAACGCCUCUCUCACAGCGAUGUGGGGGGCUUGUACAAGAGGGAGUCCGUUCAGAGGUAUCUCCAGCAGCUCAUGGAGGAGUACAGGGACCUCAGCAAGGAGUUAGAGCAGCCAUAUCUCAGCGAGUCUGACAGAAAAGUGCUGAUGAAGAGACACACAGAGCUGCUGCCUCUGGCAAAUGUGUUUGAGAGCACUGUGCAGGCCCUGAAAGACCUUGAGGAGGUCCUGUCUCUUCUGCACAGUUCCUCUGGUACCAAAGAUGAAGACACACAGCUGACCCAGCUGCUGAAAGAGGAGGAAGCACAAAUCUCCCGCAAGAUCUUGGCCUUAAGAAAAGACCUCAUCAAAGCUCUUGUGCCCUCUGACCCCCUCGACUCCAGCGAUAUUCUGCUGGAGGUUGUAUCAGGACGAACAACGGGAGGUGACAUCUGUCAGCAGUUCACCAGAGAAAUGUUUGACAUGUACCAGGGUUUCGCCUCUCACAAGAACUGGGACUUUGAGGUUUUUAACUACACAAACGCAGAGUAUGGUGGUUUGCACCACGCGGCGGUGAGAAUAGCCGGGGAGAACGUGUACAGAUACCUGAAGCAUGAAGGAGGAACGCACCGGGUGCAAAGGAUCCCCGAGGUGGGCCUCUCCUCCAGGAUGCAGCGAAUCCACACGGGAACCAUGACUGUCAUUAUCCUGCCGCAGCCAGUGGAGUUUGACGUCCACAUUGAUCCGAAGGAUCUUCGCAUCGACACGUUCAGGUCUCGAGGUGCCGGGGGCCAAAGCGUCAACACGACGGACAGUGCAGUGCGCAUCGUUCAUCUUCCCACAGGUACAACAGCUGAGUGUCAGCAGACUCGCUCUCAGCUGCAAAACAGAGACACCGCCAUGCGCGUGCUGAGGGCCAGGCUCUACCAGAGCAUGAUGGGCAAAGAGACGGAGCAGAGGUAUACGCAACGAAAGCAGCAGGUGGGCACGCGCUCUCAGUCGGAGAGGAUCCGCACCUACAACUUCAGCCAGGAUCGUGUCACAGACCACCGGACUGGAUAUGUUACUAGAGACAUUAAGGAGUUCAUGAAAGGAGGGGAGGCUCUCCAUGAUCUGAUCUGUGACGUACUUGAACACACGGAGAGGGAGGCUUUUAUAGAGGUGGUGGAGAGGAGCCUGAAGCCAUCGGUAUAAUGUGUGCUUGUGCUUGUGUGUCUUUUUUAAAUAAAAUAUUAAAUUAUGUA